AUGGCUCUAGGCCAUGUUAAGGCUCUGCUUGUGUUGUCUCUGAUCAGGUUAGGCCAGGACAGUGCGGGAGCAGCCUCUCUACUUAUAGGUUUGGCCGUUCGGGGUGCCAUGGCUUUGACAGAUGGACAAGCACGGGACAGGCACCGGAACUCAAUCUCGGGGCAGUCAACAUCGUCCAUGCAAGACUCGUACUCAAACGCUCUGGACCGUGUGUUAAAAGCCUGUCUUAUGCUCGAUACGAUAGUAUCUCUAAGGCUCGGUCAAACACCGCACAUGAGGACAAACGAUAUGAAGGAGAAGCCAACAGAAGAGAGUGGAUCGGAGGAAUGGGCUCCUUGGGUGCCCAGAGCUGGGUUCGGCUCCGAGAAUGUUGGCGGUGCCGUGCAGCCCGCUCAGUCAUUGAGUUCCUUCAACCAGCUUUACCAGUUCUUCCGCACUCUGAACCAAAGCGUCGAAUCUGGGAGUGCGGGACCCAAAGUCGGCGCCGCGAACCUUGUUCAGGCGCUUGAUCCUCGUUUCUCAUUUUGCAAUUCCGUAGUCUUCGGAGCCUCGACGAUACCCAUACUGCCCUCGGCCUUUCUGAUACAGGCCACCUUCUUAGGUGCGACUCUGACUCUGAUGGCCGAUGCUCGAGUUUCUCUUAUAUGGAGCCUUAUGGAGGUUCUAGAGAGCUCGAUAUCUUAUUUUGGCGCAGCUGGUGUCUCGCCGCUCCUUGUCACCUACAUGAGCAUCGCUAGUACCAAAAGCUGCGUCCAGGCUCUCCGGGACGAUGACAAAACCCGAUGGAACUCACUGAUGGGAGAUCUCAUGUCCGUAUGGCAAGAUCGGUCGCCAAAUACGGAGUAUUCUCCCAUGGAUGCGGAAUCGAGCGAUCAAACGCCAACUCGCGUUGAGUCUGCAGCUCCGCAGUCUUCGCGGCAGGCUUCUCCCUUCAACAGCGAGGACAAUGCCCUUCACUCCUGGGAGCCAGUUGGAUACGUUCCCUUCAGGUUUCAUGGGACAGUUAUCGUCUGCUCAGGCCCCUAUUUAAUGGGACAAGGGGCUCACGGCGUUGAUUACGACGCCAUUAUGGAUGAACUCGCUUCCAUCGACUGCACAGAUAGCAUGGAGGCUGACCCACAGUUUAUGGCCAAUCUCGGCUUUGCUCCUGGAUCAGAACUGACAGAUAUGCUCCGAGGAGAAUAUGGUGGGAUGUGA